AUGUCGCUUACCGCCCUCGCCGAGCACGGCGUGUCGCUGUUGGUGACGAGGUCAGGCGGGAACGAGACUUUGAGCGCAUCCGCUGUGGAGCAUGCAAGCCAUUCUUCUGGUAUCGAAUCAUCGUUGUUGUUUGUCAUUCUUUGUGUUCUCAUCGGAUCUCUGGUCAAGUCAUACCUCGCGUCGUCUGUGGUUCCCGAGCUGGCCAAACCGCCUUACACGCUCAUGCUCUUCCUCCUUGGCUUUGCCUUUGGUACCGUGGCUCAUCUCGAUAACUUUCUCUCUCAUGCCUUUGCUGCUGCUGAACGGACGGAUCCUCAUCUCAUUCUCUUCAUGCUCCUUCCGCCUCUUCUCUACGAGUCUGCUGUCGGUAUCCGCUUUCAUGUCCUCUGGCGAGUCAAAGAGCAGGUGAUCAUUCUCGCCUCGGUUGGCGUCAUCAUCGCCCUCGUCCUCACCACCAUCAUCUUCCGCUAUGUCUUUGUCUCGUACUCGUCAUGGUCUCUCUCGCACGUCCUCCUCCUCUCCUCUAUUCUCUGUGCAACCGAUCCUGUUGCCGUCGUCGCUGCUCUCAAGGAGCUGGGUGCGCCAGCAACGCUCUCCACCCUCAUCGAGGGCGAGUCGCUGCUCAACGAUGGCUCGGCCUUUGUCCUCUUUCUGCUCUUCAAGGACAUGGCUGGCGGCGUGACGCCAACGUUCUGGUCGGUUGUCGGCCAGUUUCUGCAGCUUGUUCUCGGCGGAGUCCUCUUUGGCGUCCUCACCUCGAUCCUGGUCUUCAUCUGGCUCAAGAUCAUCUACAACCACCCGCUCAUCGAGAUUCCAGUCAUUCUCGUCGGCGUCUUUGGCACCUUUUACGUUGCCGAAGCCCUUCUCCACGUCUCGGGCGUUCUCGCCACCGUCAUGUUUGGGUUUAUGAUGUCGAACCGGUUCAAGUACACCCUCUCCCCGGCGGUCAUCGAGAUGAACGAGGCCGUGUGGACGCAGCUGGCGCACAUUGCCGAGACCGUCAUCUUUGUCAUGGGCGGCAUCAUUGUCUACGACAAAAUCAUCAACCACGGCGACCUCGCCUCCGACUACCGCCACUGGCUCUGGCUCCUUCUCCUCUACCUUGUCCUUCACCUUGUCCGCGCCACCAUGGUCGGUCUCCUCGAGCCGCUUCUUCGUCAGCUCGGCUACGGGUUUACCUUUAAGCAGGGCGCAGUUCUGACGUAUGGUGGCCUCCGUGGCGCCGUCUCGCUCACUCUCGGCCUCCUCGUCGAGUCGGACCUCAACAUUGACAGAGAUGUCCGCUUUGUUGUCAACUUUCACGUUGCCGGCAUUGUCUUUAUGACGCUUUUCAUCAACGGAUGGACCACGUCGUUUGUCUACAACAAGCUGCAGCUCUACCCGCCGGACCGCUUCCAGCGGGCCAUUCUCCGCAAGACCAUCGAGUACCUCGAGGAGUACGCCGAGCGUGAGUGGUCCGACCUCAAGCACGAGUGGUACUACGCCGACGCCGACUGGCCCAAGGUCCGCGCCAUUGUCCCAGACUUUCGCAACAUCCAGAUGUCCAAGACUUCACCGGCCUUCUCCAUGCACCCGCCGUCGAUCUCCAAGAUUUACAAGUCGAUGACGCCAGCCUUUGUCUUCUCCACGCUGCCCUCGCAUGCGCACGGCGCCACGGGUGACGAUGGCGGUUCCCCGGGCUCGUUCUACGACUCGAGUAGCUCGCACGAUCGCCGAAGCUCGCGCCGCCCGCCAGGCUACCGCGGGCCAGACUCGGGCAACUACGCGCCCGACGCUGUGCCGUACUCUGCUGUUCCGCACUCGGGCCUCCCGCCACACAUGAACGAGUCGCCGGCCCGGCCUGGAAACAACAACGCUGGCCUCACCCGCACCGGCUCGGGAGCGUACUCGCCCGUGGCGCAGGGCAUUGCCACCGCCAACGCUCGGGCUGUCGGCUCGGGACCCGGCGGCAUCCACCGCGCCCGCGCCCGGACCCAGGGCCGGUCGCAGGGCCUUCACGGCUCGGCUGGCUCUGUGCCAGCCGAGCCAGUUGCUGAGAGCGGGCCGACCGCCGAGGGCGGCGUUGCGCGGCCGGCAGCCGACGUCAUGGGCGCCGCCCUGUCAUCGGUCAUGGACGAUGCCUGCCAGAUCGCUGGCGAGGAGCAGCAGGAGCUGUUGUUGAGCUACUCGUCGGCGUCGUCGGCGCGCAUCCCCGGUGUCGACUCGGUCCUGGCGGCCGCAACGCUACCGGCGUGGCACGGUGGAGAGCACGAUGCGGAGGAGCAGUUUGAGGAGGCGUCCGGCGAAGUGCCGUUCCAGGUCUCGCGGACGCUGCGCCCGGGUGCCGCAGGUCUGCCGGUCUACUCAUCGUACUCUUACUCUGACGAUGCGUACUCGUACACGGCACGCGGGCAGCAGUGGCCGCCGCCGGGAGUGACUGGCGUCCACGGAACCGGGUUUGCGCCGCCCGAGAACCCGUCGGCACAGGGCGUGACGUUUAAUGCGCUGGCGCGGACAGCGUCGACGCGCGAGCUCAAGGAGGACCGAGUCAAGGUCCGGCAUUCGACGGCGACGAUUUCGACUCACUCGCUCCGGUUCCGCGAGACGACGCACGGGACGUCUGCUGACACAAUGUCGAUGCACGAGCGGGCCAAGUACGAAGCGCAGCUGUACCAAACGUACUUUAACGCGACGCGGUCGCACUACGAACACCAGUUUGAGGAGGGCAUCAUCGGCGACUCGGCCAUGCACCGGCUGCUGGAGGCCGUCGACCGGGCCUCCGAGUGCCGGCUCAACAAGCGCAAGUCGUCGGACUUUGCACUCAUCCACCCGGCGCUCGUCGAAUGGAAGUUCAUCAAGAAGACGCUCAAGGUGCCCAAGUGGGUGCGGCUCCUUGCGCGUCUGCCGAUGGGCUGGCUCCUUGGUCACUUUAUGCUGUACAACUUUGUGUGGAACCGACUGGAGACGCUCCACGGCUACGUCCGUGCCCACGAGUACAUCACGCCGCACUUUCCGCCGGACAUUGCAGCCGAGUUCUCUGAGGUCAUGCUCGUUGCGCGGUCCGAGAUCCGCGACUUUACUAGGCGGCACAUCGAGAUCUCGACCGUGGCGCAGACGCUCAUGGCAGCGCGCAUUCUGCUGCAGUACAAGCGCGAGAAGAUCAAGGAGCUCGGCUUUGCCGGCGCCUUUACCGCCCGCGACACCGAGCAGCUGUUGCACGUCAUCGACCAGCAGGUCGACACGCUCGUCGGCUUCCACCCGUGGCCACACCACAUCCUCACCUCGGGCUCUGCGGUCUCGGACGAGGACCGCGGGUCGUUGCCGCAUGUGCCGUCGGUCACCUCGCACCGCCCGACGCCCGGCUCGGGCGAGGACCUCGACUCUGAUGACGAGCCGGCGUCCGAUUCGGGCGAGGCUCAUCUACAGCCGCGGUCCAUCGCCCGGCUCCGCACCAUGCCGUCGUGCGAGCUCAACCGGUCGUCGGGCACCUUUGUCCAGGGCAUCAUGUACUCGUCGGCGAUUAACUUGCCGACCGAGCCCAUGCCGGAGCGCUCGGGCUCGGGUUCGGGCUCGGUCACGUACUCGUACUCGCGGCCGUACUCGUACUCGGACUACGGCAGCCGGUCGCAGUCGUCGGGCCGCUACCCGCCGUACGUCUCGCACGAUGACAGCUUGCAGCAGAUCCCGGAGCAGAACAACCGAAGCCGUGUCGAGGACCGCCUCCGCGAGGAGAAAAAUCGUGGGGCGAUCUUGCCGAUGCCGGCUACGUGA